AUGAAGGCCGCCGUCGGCACCACCGGCGUCGUUCCUGAGUCCGGCAAGCAGGGCGACCCAUUGAGCCACACCCCGAGCUCUCCGUCCAUGAUCUACCUCAACCUUCUCAUCCUCGAAGCCUCCCUGCGCGCCCAGUAUCUCGAGCUACGUGCCCGUCGCCGCCAUCAUACCUUUUUUUUCACCUUGCUGACCGCUUGGAUAAGCGGCUUCGGCUACGCCCUCUUCUUCGCCCCGCGCGAGGACGGUCGCGGUAUCGGCGGCUCCGUUUAUUGGGGAGUCGAGACAUUUGAAAAAAUCUGCUUGAUGGGAGGUGUCAUGACCGCGAUAUUGGUCUGGGCGACAGGGAUAUGGGAACGAGGCAUAAGGUGGCCACGACGUUGGUUCGCCAUUUCCAACAGAGGGCUGCGAGGGUUCAAUUCCAAGCUGGUCAUCAUUCGAAGACCUUGGUGGGCAGAGUUUCUCUCCACCAUUGGUUUCUUCCUCACCUACGGGCUCUUCUCUCACACCGCAAGCUCGUCCUACCGCUACGUCGAACCGUCCAUACUGCGUGAAGUCGAGAAGGAACUAAGCCUCACCGCCGAGAACCACCCAACACUACCAGUUCUGGUCGAAGACGAAGAAAAAGGAGGCCAUGAGGAAGACCUUGCGCCAGGCGGAGACUAUGUCAAGCUGCUCCUACUAGCGAAGCCCUUCACACCGACCUUCAGAGAGAACUGGGAAAUCUACCGCACCGAAUACUGGGAAAAGGAAAACGAGCGCCGCGCCCUCAUCCAGAAGAAGCUCGCAGCACGCGACCGUCAAGUUGCCAAACAACGCUGGGGCAUCUUCUGGUGGCUGCCCUGGCACCGCAUCGACCGCUCCGGCCCCGCACCCAUCCGCCAACAGCAUGCCCCAGAGAAGACAACGAUCCAUCCCCGCGCCGCCGCCAUUGAGCGCGAGCACCGACGCCGUAGUAGCAGUGCCAGCGUGCACCGCCGCAGCUCGACGAGCUCGAACCGUAGCAUGACACCGUCCGUCGCGGCCACCAGCGACGAUGGCGACGGCACUGUCAGCAGGAAAGCCAGCACCGGGUCCAACGCGUCGGAUAAGAGGAGGAAGAAGAUGGCGUCCGUGUCCAAGUCGAAGCGGCCGCACAUCGAGUCGAGAUCUGUCACACCCGAAAUACCCUCGCCGCUGGCCCGAGAGAGCAGUGUCAGUCGUAGGGACAGCGGCUCCGGCGCCGAGUCGUUGGCGGAGAGGUCACUGAGGCACUCGUCGUCCAAGACUAGUAUCAGUUCCUCCACCAACUCCGCAAGGGAGAAGCAGCGUAAACUCGGCGAGGCAUGA